UACAACAAAAAAUUAUAAUGAACUCUUAGAUUUUAAUGAUGAUAGUCAAUUAAAUCAAUCAGAUAUACUAAAAAUAACGCUAAUAAAAAUCUACUUGAGGUUUGCAUUGCAUUUAAUCUGAAUUUGCUACGACACAGUUAGGAAUGCGAACGAAAAAAAAAAAACAAAUUCCUAAUCAAUUUUUAAUUUCGACCUUUUUCCACCUGUGUGAGUGUGCAAUUGGCUCAAUAUGGUUUUCAUGUAUUUGAUAUUAACAAUUUUGGUGAGUAGUUUGCCAAAAAAUAUAGCGAAAUUUUGGAAAACCCAAGUAAGAUAUGAUCAAAAUUUUUGGCUUCUACGUUUCAUUCACGGAGACACAUUAUUUCAGUAGCCUUAAAUAAAUUAGCAACAACAACUCUACCGUUAUUCCUAUACAUAUGUAUGUUUGCAACAAUAGACUUUUCUCUUUCAGUCAUUUUGAAACAGGCUCUCACUCUCAUCAGUGUCGCACGCAGCAUGUCUUCUCUUUUACGCUCUUACGCCUCAAUUGAGUGAUAUCUUAUCAGUGCCAUGCUCCAGACUGAUAAGGUUUUUGCCUGUGAAUUUAUUUAGUUGUUAUUUUCAUUAGAUUGUAUGUGUGUACAUAUGUACUUUUAUUUAAAUGUGAUAAGUGUUAGAGCACUUUUUUACAUUGUACCGAGUAGCCGAAGUAAUGCUAAAAUACAUACAUACAUAUAGACUAUUUUUUAGUAUAACUUUCAUAUUAUUCUCCCGCAAGCUGCUUUGGUGCUGAGCGAUUUUCGUGUGUUAUUAAUUUUGAAAUAAUCGAGGUUUUUCGCUCAUUUUGAAUAGUCACUGUCGUGGGUACUGAUCAGUCGUUCGUCGCUAUCUUACGCUCGCUCAACUAUUGACCUGUUCGAAAACAAAUUUUUUUUCCUACCAAAUAUUGAAUACUAAUACUAAUUGUGAAAUUCUGUGAAAAAAAAAAACAAAAUUGUAUAAGAGAAAACGCUGCCGAAAAAGGUGUAGUGCAAAACAAGGCCUAUUUAUUGGGCGACAAAGUGUAGUGUUUUUAAUGUUGACAGAGACAACAAAUCCCCAAACGCAAGUGAAAACCGCAACACAAUAAUAACAAGUUACUUAUAUAUUAUUGAUUUGAAAACAGCAAAUAAUUGAAAGUUCAAUUUUUAAAAAUAUUUUCUUUUCAAUAAAACCCUUAAAAACAACAAAAAUGUACGGCAAUCAGAAUUCGUGGCUCAAUUUCGUCGAGGAGGCUUACUCCCUCUUCGAUGAGGAUUUCGAUAAAGAGUUGAAUACCCUUUGUACCGAGUGUCAGGAGUAUGAGUGUGAACAUCGCAACAACAAUGUUGCGAUGUCAACAACAACAACACACGACAAUUUACAACAAAAUCAAUCGGAAUACGUUGCUGAAAAUUCGACGCAAUUACAUGAUAAAUCAUUGUACACUAGCGCGGAGGCUGACAUUAAUAAUCCUAAUCAGUACUAUGCACAAGUGCCGACGGAAUUGCAACAACAAGAACAACAGUUGAGUUUUGCUGAUUUCGGAUUUCGCAGCACUUGCGCGGGUGGUGAAGGCGACGUCAGUGGUGGCUGCCAUAAUGGCGAGUGUGCUUUAGAGUUGCCACAGCAGCACCACCAGCCGCAGGUGUCGCAAACGAAUGGGCAUAUGUUGGAGCCUCACAACCCCCACCAACCGCCACAGCAACCGCAUAUGGCUAUGCCCCAACAACCACAAAAUCCACCGCAGCAACGUAAUUAUGCUUACCAACGCGAAGAUCAAAUGUACGGUGGUGUAACUGUACAUCCGCCGCGUAAUUAUCCGGCACUUGAGGUGGUGCCGGGCAUUACGUAUCCAAUCAAUCAAACUGUGCCACAAAAUGCAUUCAACAAUAAUCUACAACAACCACAUCUGUCAAUGCAGCAACAACAUCAGUUACCAAUUCAACAACAACAACAGCUGUCAAUGCAGCAACAACAACCGCUCCCAAUGCAACAACAGCAACAGGUGUCAAUGCAACAAUUUCAGCAACAACAACAACAAUACCCGUUGCCACAGCAACCACUACAGCCGGUGAAGAUUUUCUCGCCGCAACAACAACAACAGUUUGGUCGAAAUCCAUAUCAACCGAUUCAACAGUUGCAAAGACCGACUGGCUAUCAGCCACAACAAUAUCCACAAUCGCUGUAUCAGCAACAAAAUAUGAAUCCACACGCCAAUUUUUCCAAUCAAAUGCCAGCCGUGCAGCGGCCGGCAUAUUCUAUGCAAAACUACAGCAAUGGCGGUUAUUCGGCGCCAAUGCCGGAGCGUUCGGGCGUUUGCUGCCAGCAGCAAGCACCGAUCGGUGCACCCGGUGUGAAUGUCCAACGUCUGUUGGGCCAUGCCCCAUGCCGUGGUAAUGCUCCGUGGUCAUAUUCAUAUUGCUACGGUGACAACGAGAACAAUUAUGAACCCUGUCACUUCAUCAGCUGCGUGGAUAUUGAGGAUUUUGUAAACAAUGAAAAACGCAAAGAAAAAUCACGUGAUGCGGCCAGAUGCCGACGUUCGCGCGAAACGGAGAUCUUUAGCGAAUUGGGACAGAUUUUGCCAUUGCGCAAAGAGGACGUCAAUCAAUUGGAUAAAGCAUCUAUAAUGCGCAUCGCUAUAGCCUUCCUGAAAGUACGCGAAAUGCUACAAAUGUUCCCGAAAAUACAAGAUCUUCUUGGCGAUAUAAAAUUGGACAAUGAUAUUGAUGAUAAUUCCAAUAGUUCAACUCAAAUGUCCGUUUCAACAGCGGAAAACUCCGUUGGAAAAUUUGAUUUGCUUAAAUGCGCCGAGGCAACACAAUUCAUCAAACAGACUUUGGAUGGCUUUCUGUUUGUGCUCUCCAAUGAUGGUGAUAUUACCUAUGUUUCGGACAACAUAACUGAUUAUUUAGGCUUAGCAAAGAUUGACAUACUCGGCCAACAAAUUUGGGAGUACAGCCAUCAAUGUGAUCAUGCCGAACUCAAAGAGGCGCUGAACAUCAAACGUAACGGUCUCACCGAUAAGAUCAAAGAUGAGAAUAUGAUCGAAGAAGGCAUUUCGACAGAGCAUCGUGAUCUUUUCGUGCGUCUCAAAUGCACAUUGACUAGUCGUGGACGUAGUAUUAAUAUCAAAAGCGCUUCGUACAAAGUUAUACACAUAACUGGUCACUUGGUAGUUAACAUGAAAGAUGAUCGUGUACUCGUUGCCAUUGGUCGACCAAUACCGCAUCCCUCCAAUAUAGAAAUUCCAUUGGGCAGUACAACAUUCUUGACAAAACACUCCUUGGAUAUGAAAUUUACAUAUGUGGAUGAGAAAAUGAAAACUCUUUUCGGUUACAAACCCGAAGAUCUACUUGAUCAAUCACUGUUUGUCUGCCAUCAUGGCGGUGAUUCCAAUAGGCUAAUGACAACAUUCAAAACCGUGUUGAGCAAGGGCCAAGGUGAGACUUGUCGCUAUCGAUUCCUGGGUAAAUACGGCGGUUACUGUUGGAUCGUGACACAAGCCACAAUUGUUUAUGAUAAAUUGAAACCACAAAGUGUUAUUUGCGUGAAUUAUGUCAUAAGCAAUCUUGAGAACAACAAUGAGAUUUAUUCACUUGCACAAUACGAGGCAAGCAAGCUUAAAGUUGAGGCAAGCGACAGCGAAAGCGAUCAAAGCAACAUUGGCGAUAGCUGUAGCGACAACAAUAUCAAAGAGAAUAUCAACGAUAAAAACAACAGCAACAACAGCUGCAACAACAACAACGGCAUCAUCAGCGACGACAACUCAACUGACGAUUACAAACAGAAAUUAUUAGAGUGCACUAAAGAAACCAAAUUGCUGAAACAAGAACAAGAAAAUCCAGAAAUCCUUAUAAAUAAACCGUGUAAAAUCGAAUUGCAUUCGAUCAAAGCAGCCAAUUCACCACCAACGUCAACGCAAACAAAUCCAACUACCACCGACAACGAUCUCAAUGAGGAUCGUAAUAUAAACACAAAUAAUAUAUGUUCCUCCAUAAAACGUGAAAAAACGUGUGCAAUUAACGUAAAUCCCUCUAAUACAAUAACCACUACCUCAAGCAACAACAACAACAACAACACUAAAUUAGCAGCCACACCCCCAUUAGAUAAUAAUACCACAAAAUUGAUCGACAUUGCUGCUAAUAAACAAACGAUUGUACGUGAAAAUUCACUUUCUCCAUUGCGUCAGAAUAGUAAUCUACAAACGAAUUUUAUAAACGGCAGUGACAAUAACACUAACAACAACAACAACAACAACAAUAAUAAGAAUUUGUUGUUGGCAAAAACACACGAAGAGAAACGCCCCAAAUCGGUUACCGCUUCGGUAUUUCGUCCGGCUACCAUAACCGAUUUGAGUGGUACCCACUCGACAACAACAACUGCAAUAGCAACAACAACACCGCCAACGCCCGUACCAUCGACUACGAGCACUUCAUCGGUAUUUGUGAGUGCAGCAAAUGCACCGCCAUUGUUGCCAUUGAACGCGGCACCUCGCGCCCAAUCGGUGACGGCUUCCGUUUUCACACCGAUUUCGCAGUUGUGUAAUCGCCAACAACAACAUAUUGCUAAAACUAAUUCCAUUAUAACACCAACAACGGUGACAGCAGCAAUACUCAGUGGUCAACAACAACAGCAACAUCAAAAUCAUCAGAAUCACCAAAACUCACAGCAGACACAAGAUAUGAAUAAGUUUUUGUCGUUCGGGGAUGAGACAAAUGAGUUAGCAAUGCUCAAAGAGGAACCCGAUGAUUUGUCACACCUCGCUCCAGCUGCUGUUGAUGCUUGCAUGCGUCUGGAUGACACAGCGCCAUUUUGUGGUGAAAUGCUGAUGGGUUUGUGCGCCCUAUCCUAUGGUGGUUUUCUCGCCGAUGACUACAGUUCACUCGAUUCCACUGCGAGCUCCGCAUCGCCAGAUGCGUCAAAUCACAAUAGCAACAACAACAAUGCUAUCAAUAACAGCAACAGUAACAGUCAUAACAGUAAUAGCAUUCACAGUGGCAACAACAACAACAAUAAAAUCAGCUUGCACAGUCCCACACAUCAAGAGAAUUGCAAUAGCAAUUUGAAUGCUAGCACAUUGCGCAACAGCAGCAGCAGCAACAACAACAGCAAUAAUUUAUGCAACAAACCAGUUGUGCGCAUCGAUCCAUUCAUCAAUUAUCGCGACGAAUCGAAUGACACAAACUGUUCGCAGCAUUUACUCUCGCCCAGUGUGGCAUCAAAGAGUCCUGAAGCGAGCAGCCUACCAUCGUUGUGCAGUCCCAACUCUCUCAGUCAGGAUGAUGGUUUUGCAUUUAUGACCAUGAGCGUUGAUGAAGACAUCGACAUGAGUAUGCGUGCUCCAUAUAUUCCAAUGAACGAGCAAGAGGAUUUGCCUCUACUCACUGCCGACGAUCUAAUGUGGUGCGCCAGCAAUGGCCUUGGCAGCGAGGAAUUAAAUAAUCAAAAAGAUGUUGAUGCCACGUUGCAACAAUUGCAAUUGCAACAACAACACACCAGCGAAAGUAAUCACAACCUCUUGAAUGGCUAUCAUGAUGCUCAACACAUCAGUCAAUCACAUUUCAAUUCAUUGUGCUCUUCACCUGCAUCGACCGUUUCAUCGCUCUCACCUUCACCGGUGAAUCAUCAGCAACAACAACAACAGCAGCAGCAGCAACAACAAUUGCAAGAUACAAGUUGUGUUUAUAGUACAGACACCAGUGAAUUGGCGGCGCUGCUUUGUGGCUCCGGCAAUGGUCAUCUAUCAAUAUUGAAUAAUAAUUGUGGUGGUGGUGGUAGUGGUAGUGGUGUUGCAGAUGAUAGUGAUGUUGGUUUGCAACAACAACAACAGCAACAGCAAACACAUUGCACUGAUUAUCGUUUGCAACAGUUGCAACAAGAAUUGGCUGCCGACCAGCAAGAACAGCAGCGACAGCUGCAAUUGCUCGGCUUGAACAUCGAUUGCAAGAAGGAGAGUUCGCUGUCGCCAAGCUUAUGUGACUCGCUGGAGGAUACCUUCGAUAAUGUCUACAGCAAGGAUUCAGCGAAUCUGGACUGCUGGAAUGAGUUGCUGCAAAUCAAUGUUAGCGACACUUCAUCCUCGGCAGCGCCCUCGCCCGUGGCAUCGUUGAAUUCGCCAACUCAGCAACAACAACAACUACACAAGCUAGAUGACUGCAAAUCGCAUUUGCGCUUGGAGCAACAGCAACAACACCAACAGCAGCAGCACAAUAUUAUACUGAAUGCCGUGCCAUUGAUAACAAUACAAGAUACCAAGAAUAUUCUGUUGCAACAGCAGCAACAACAACAACAACAACAACUCAAUGUCAGCAAUAAAAUGCUAAUAAAAGAUGAAAUGUUGCCAGCGAAUCGUGGUGGUCAUAAAAUCACAACCAUUAAGUUGUUGAAUGGACAGCCAACAACAAUAACAACACCCAACACAAUUGGCAACGCCACAACCGGUGCUACAGUGCGUAUGAUUGAUGUUAAACAGCAGCAACAACAACAACACCACCAACAACAACAACAACAGUCGCAUAAACGACAUUUGGUGAGCUCCGUGUGCAGCGCACAGCUGGAGAGCAAGCGCAUGAAGAGCGCCGCCAUGGAUAUGCAGGCGGUGCCACAAUUGCUGCAACAGUUGGUCGCGCCGCUGCAGCCGCAACACUUGAAGGAACAACAACAACAAAAACAACAGCAACAACAACAACAGCAAGCGCGUAAAGCCAACAAUGGCGGCGUAUCGCGUUGGUUGGAUGUGAAAGCCAACGCCAAUGGCAUGCAACAGCAGCAACACCAACAACAACAAUCGAAUUCAGUGCUGAAAAAUCUACUAAUUAGCGGUUGUGAUACAACUAGCUUUACUAAGCAGAGUGGCAUGCUUAUGGAUGAAGACUCCUUGGAUCAGGCACCAUCUCCACCAAUGUCGGCCAUGUCGCCAUCGCUCAUCAAACCCUUGCAUUGUCAAACAUCGACGGCUGCAUUGCUACGCAAUUACCGUCACAAUCCAAUGAUUGGCGGACCCGGUGUGUUGCCAUCACCACCGUUUGGACCCGCUAGCUGCAACGCCAGUCCUGUCAGCAGUAACUGCUGCGAAGUAAGCCCACCUGGCCUAACACCGGCCGACACUGAGUCCACCUCGGACAGCGGCAUAGAUGACAUUAGCAUGAUUGAAACGUCCUCACCGAUUAAGGUGCAAUUGGAGCAGCCCAGCAGCCCACAAUUCAAGUCGUCGCCGACCAGCGGUUGUUCGGCCGCCACAAAGGAUAUGCUUUUGAUGAAAUGCUUGAACAGCAAAGCGGCCAAGAAACGUGCCAUGUUCAGUGAGGUACAAUUGAAGCAACAACAGCAACAACUCUUGACUGCAACGGCUGUCAAAACCAGCAACGGUAAUGUCAAUUUAGGCGAGAACAAGUCCACAAAUAAUCAUGUUGGUGGACGUAAGGGUUCGAUGACAUCUUUCAUCGACAACAUAAAUCCACUCAUGGAACCAUUUAUAAUGGAUCUAUGCAAUGAUGACUAUGAUGUGGCAACCGAGCCAUUGCUUGGAACAACUGAAAUCGAUCAUGUGCUCAAUAACUGGAGCCAUAAUAUGGCCUAGUUAACGGCGGACAUGAGCGCGACUAAAACCAUACGGAAGAAACGAACCAAACAUUUAGACACGACGAAGACGACAAAAUCGGCAAAGAGACGAUGACAAUGCAGACGAUAGAGGGAAAAUGUUGGGGAUUAGGAAAGAGCUUUAUAACAUAUUCGAUGCAUUUACUAUACACGUAGGGAAAUGCUAAAAUAAUUGUAUAGGUUGUUGUAGGCGGAACGAUUGGACGAUUGACGCGCGCACGAAACGAAAAGUAACGAAGUAACUGUAAAUAAAGCUGUCGUUUAUGUAGAUUUUGUUUUUGAGCAAGGUACACGAAGUUUACAAACACCUGCUGCGAACUACAAGCGAUGGCUGAAGUGCGAUUAUACAGUUAGUUGUUGGCGGCGGUGACGACAGACCGCUGUAGCGAAAAGUAAGGUAAUGGAAACGGAAAUUUAAUGGCGAACAUUCGUCACGGACAUUCUAAACAAGCAGCGAAAUUUGCUUUUUUCUUGUUUUGAAAUUUCGAUUUGUUGUACAGUUAAAGCUGGACAAGUACAUAUUUGGCCAUAAUUCGUUGAUGCGUUGACGAAUAGCAAGCUCGAGCUUUUGGUUUUUGCGAAAUAGGCUUAGGGAAUACGAUGGACGACGCGGUAGUGAGGAAAAUUUAAGGAACGAAUAUUUUUUACGAAUACUUUAUUUUCUUACAGGACAGUUACAAACAUACAUACACACAUAUAUAUAUAUACAUUUUCAAGAAAAAAUGCAAUUUAUUUGGUUUUCGGUAGUUCA